GCGGUGCUUUUCCCUAAUUUCAGAAGUCCUUUAAAGCCAGCACUUCCCUCACGGCUUUUUUUUUUCUUCUUCAGCGGGGGCAGCUCUGAACUGGGAGUGCACAGAAGUGGGGACCCAGCCCCUCCUGUUGGGGCUCUUUACUCCCUACUCCUCAUCUGUGGGUGAAGGAACGAGCUGUUGUGGUGGACCAUGUUGCUGACCCUGUUCCUGCUUUUCCUCCCUCUCCUCCCGGUGGCCGAGCUGCUUUUGGACACCAGGAAAUUUCUAAUCUAUAAUGAAGAACACAAGCGCUGUGUGGAAGCUGUUGGUACCACUGCCGUGCAGACUGCCACCUGCAACCCUUCUAGCGAAGCCCAGCAGUUUCGAUGGGUGUCUGAAUCCCAGUUGAUGAGUGUCUCUUUGAAGUUAUGCCUGAGCGUGCCCUCCAAAACAGAGUGGGCAAAAGUCAACCUGCAGAAUUGUAAUUCCAAGGAAGCCAAUCAGAAGUGGGAGUGCAAAAAUGAAACUCUCUUUGGGAUCCAGGGUGAAGAUUUGUAUUUUAACUAUGGCAACAGGCAAGAAAAGAAUGUCGUGCUGUACAAAGGGUCGGGCUUAUGGAGCAGAUGGAAGAUCUAUGGAACCACAGAUGAUUUAUGUUCCCGAGGUUAUGAAGUCAUAUACACGCUGCAGGGCAAUGCCAACGGGGCCAAGUGCAACUUCCCAUUCAAGUUUGAGAACAAGUGGUAUGCAGAAUGCACCAGUGCUGGCAGGUCCGAUGGCUGGCUCUGGUGUAGCACCACAGCCAACUAUGACCAGGAUAAGCUCUAUGGAUAUUGUCCAAAGAAAUUUCAGGGCAGUGACAAUUUAUGGACUAGAGACCCGUUGACAAGUAUUUACUACCAGAUAAACUCCAAAUCUGCUUUAACUUGGCACCAGGCAAGAAAAAGUUGCCAGCAACAGGACGCUGAUCUCCUGAGCAUCACAGAGAUACAUGAACAGACAUACCUGACAGGAUUAACCAGCACCUUGACUCUGGGUCUCUGGAUUGGACUGAAUAGCUUGAGUUUCAGCAGCGGGUGGCAGUGGAGUGAUGAAAGACCAUUCCGGUAUCUGAACUGGCUACCAGGGAGUCCCUCUGUUGAACCAGGGAAGAGCUGCGUGUCGCUAAAUCCUGGAAAAAAUGCCAAAUGGGAGAAUCUGGAAUGUGCUCAGAAACUCGGCUAUAUCUGUAAGAAGGGAAAUAGCACCUUGAACCCCUUCAUUAUUCCAACAGAAAAUGAAGUGCCUGUAAGCUGUCCCAACCAGUGGUUGCCAUAUGCAGGACAUUGUUACAAGAUUUUCAGAGAGAAAAAGAUCCAGAAGGAAGCCUUGUUGGACUGCAGGCAGGAAAAGGGUGAUUUGGCGAGUAUCCACAGCAUCGAGGAGUUUGGCUUCAUCUUCUCCCAGCUGGGCUAUCAGCAUGAUGAUGAGCUCUGGAUUGGCUUAAAUGACAUCAAGAUUCAUAUGUACUUUGAAUGGACCGAUGGGACCCCUGUGACAUUCACCAAAUGGCUUCCUGGAGAGCCGAGCCAUGAACAAAACAGGCAGGAAGACUGCACUGUGAUGAAAGGCCAGGAUGGGUUCUGGGCUGAUCGAACCUGUGAGCUCCCUCAGGGCUACAUCUGUAAGAUGAAAUCUCAAGGCCAGAGCCCAGGAAUAGUCCCAGUGGAGGCUGGCUGCCAGAAGGGCUGGAAAAGACAUGGCUUUUACUGCUAUCUGAUUGGUAAUACAUUAUCGUCAUUCACAGAAGCAAACCAGACCUGUAUCAAUGAGAAAGCUUACCUAACAACUGUUGAAGACAGGUAUGAGCAAGCCUUUCUGACUAGCCUAGUGGGUAUGAGACCUGAAAAGUACUUUUGGAUUGGCCUUUCCAAUGUUCAAAACAAGGGGACUUUCCAGUGGACCACUGAUGAGCAAGUGCAGUUCACUCACUGGAAUUCAGACAUGCCAGGACGAAAGCCUGGAUGUGUUGCUAUGAAAACUGGGAUUUUUGGAGGCUUGUGGGAUGUCGUGAGAUGUGAAGAAAAGGCCAAAUUUGUGUGCAAACACUGGGCAGAAGGAGUAACUCGCCCGCCUGAGCCCACAACAACCCCUGAACCCAGAUGCCUAGAGACUUGGGGUACCACCAGUAAAUCAAGUUUGUGUUUUAAGCUGUUUAAAAAAGGAAAGUAUGAGAUGAAAACGUGGUUUGAAUCUCGAGAUUUUUGCAAAGCUCUGGGAGGUGAUCUGGCUAGUAUCAAUAAUAAAGAGGAACAGCAAGCAAUAUGGCGACUAAUAACGGCAAGUGGAAGCUACCAUGAGCUAUUUUUGGGACUGACAUACGGAGGUACUUCCGAGGGAUUCUCUUGGAGUGACGGCUCACCUGGUGAGUAAUUUGGCUUUACUGUCACAUAUGAAAACUGGGCUUUUGGAGAACCUAAUAAUUACCAAAAUGUUGAAUUCUGUGGAGAAUUGAAAGGGGAACCUGGAAUGUCUUGGAAUGAUAUUAAUUGUGAAAAUCUUCACAACUGGAUUUGCCAGAUACGAAAAGGACAGACACCACACCCAGAGCCCACACCAGCUCCUCAAGACAAUCCACCAGUCACUGAUGAUGGGUGGGUUAUUUACAAAGACUACCAGUAUUAUUUUAGCAAAAAAUAAGAGACCAUGGACGAAGCGCGAGCAUUUUGCAAGCAGAAUUUUGGUGAUCUUGUUACGAUUCGAAGUGAAACUGAGAAGAGGUUUUCUGUCGAAAUAUUACAAGUCUCUGCAGUUUCUGGAAGGAGUUCAGCCAUCACCAAAGUUUUAGAGCUCUCAGAACAUCAAAAUGAUCCCUCUACGUCAACAGGAUCGAAGCACACUCGGCAUAUUUUUAUUGGAUUAUUGAUCAGCUUGGAUAAAAAGUUUAUUUGGAUGGAUGGAAGCAAAGUGAAUUAUGUGGCCUGGGAUGCAGGUGAACCAAAUUUUGCAAAUGAUGAUGAAAACUGUGUAACCAUGUAUUCAAGUUCAGGAUUUUGGAAUGACAUUAACUGUGGUUAUCAAAAUGGCUUCAUUUGCCAACGACAUAACAGCAGCAUCAAUGCUACGGCCAUUCCCACCACACCACCAGCCCCGGGCGAUUGUAAGGCUGGUUGGGUCCUUUACAAUAACAAGUGUUUCCAAAUCGUUGGAUUUAAAAAAGAAGACAGGAAAAAUUGGAAGGACUCCCGGAAAGCUUGUCAGGAAGCUGGUGGGAAUCUAGUGUCCAUACAGAAUGAGAAAGAGCAAGCAUUUAUUACGUAUCACAUGACGGGCUCCAAAUUUAAUGUCUGGAUUGGAAUGAAUGAUAUCAAUUCCGAGAACACCUUCUUAUGGACAGAUGGGAAAGGGGUUCACUACACAAACUGGGGAAAAGGGUAUCCAGGGGGCCGGAGGAGCAGCCAUUCAUUUGAAGAUGUAGACUGUGUGGUUAUUAUUGGGGACACUGCAAGGGACGCAGGAAAGUGGAUGGAUGAUGAUUGUGACACUCUGCAAGGCUACGUAUGCCAGGCGCCUACCGACCCUUCCAUUACAACUACUUCAACCACAGCCCCAACAGAUGGCUUUAUUAAACUUGGUAAAAGUAGCUAUUCAGUCAGCAAAUUUAAGAAGCAGUGGCAUGAAGCAGAUGAUAAUUGCAAAUCUCAAAGUUCCCUUAUAGCCAGCAUACUAGAUGCCUACAGCAAUGCCUUUGCUUGGAUGCAAAUACAGUCUCUUUCUGAGCCUGUCUGGAUCGCCCUGAACAGUAACCUGACCCAAAAUGAAUAUGUUUGGACUGAUAUGUGGAAACUGAGGUACACUAAUUGGGCUGUUGAUGAACCCAAACUGAAAUCAGCCUGUGUUUACCUGGAUGUCGAUGGCUACUGGAAGACGAAGCAUUGCAAUGAAAGCUUACAUUACCUCUGCAAAAGAUCAAGCGAGACCCCAGCCACUGAGCCCCCACAGCUGCCUGGCAGGUGUCCUGAGAAAGAACACUCAUCUUGGAUCCCCUUCCAUGGCCACUGCUACUACAUCGAGUCAUCGUUCACAAGGAACUGGGGCCAGGCAUCUCUGGAAUGUCUUCGAAUGGGUUCCACUUUGGCUUCCAUUGAAAAUGCCGCAGAAGCAGAUUUCCUGUCAUAUCACGUUGAGCCGCUUCAGAGCAAAACAAAUUUUUGGAUAGGAUUUUACAGAAAUGUGGAAGGAAUGUGGCUCUGGAUAGACAACGUUCCUCUUUCCUAUGUCAACUGGAACUCAGGAGAUCCCUCUGGUGAUCGAAAUGAUUGCACGACUUUGGUAGCAAAGAAUGGAUACUGGAGUAAUAUUCACUGUUCUUCCUAUAAAGGGUUUAUUUGCAAAAGACCCAAAAUUGUUGAUGUUGAGCCGACUCAGACAUUAACUACAGUCAAAGCUGACCCACAGAAGAUGGAACCUUCCAAAAGGUCUUCCGGCACAGCGGGUGUGGUGAUCGUUGUGCUCCUGAUUGUGAUCGCGGCUGGCCUGGUUGCAUAUUACUUUCUCAAGAAAAGGCGCGUCCACAUUCCCCGGGAGGACACUUUUGAGAACACACUCUAUUUCAACAGCAGUUCAAGCCCUGGAACCAGCGAUACCAAAGAUCUCAUGAGCAACAUUGAACAGAACGAACACGCUGUCAUCUAGUGUUUAGACUUGGGAAAGAUGUAAUUUAGGGUUCCCUAACAUUGUCCCUCAGAGGUUCAGGUCUUUUAUUUCAGUGCAAUUGUUGCCUUAAACACUCUGUCCUUUUUUUUUUUUUUAAUAUUCCUCUGCUGAGUACAUUGAUGUCCAUGCAUACCAUGAUGGUUCACUCUCCAAUGCGGCUUUCAUUAACACGAAUUGCAGUCCCAGCAUCAAAGUGUUAAGUUAAAGAGAAAAACCAAGCAUGGCUCCUUUUUCUAGCCUGGCAAGAUUCUCAGAGAAUCUCUUACAGCAGUGUGGACCAUCACUUCAACAAAAUACACCACUAGCCUAACAGUGCCCACAAGGUAGCCUCUUGACUCUCAUUCCUCAAAACUGCCUGAAGAGUGUAAGCAAUCCAAGAAAUAAGCACUUGCAGUUGUUGAGUGGACUCUUAAAAGAUGGGUUUCAACAAUCCAGAAUGAAUAGUCUUACGUGGCAUUAAGAUGGCAUCCUUUAUUUCCUUCAGAUCCCUCUCAGGUUUUUUCCUCUGAUGAUUAGAAUUGUAUUUGUGCAUGUGAAGAAAAGAUAAUGCAGCUGGGAAGGAGUUUGCCUUUCCCCAGCAGGGACCUUACCAGUGUGAUCUUCUUCCCCUUACAUGUAUAUUAAUAAUGCAAAAGAUGUAAAGUGAACAUGUAAAUUUGCCUUAGCUAGAUGGACAUAGGUCAUGUGAAAUGCACCUUUAAAGACAGGGUCUGUUUUUUAAUACAUUUGUAUUUUGG